AACACUGUCGUCGUGUUGAGAUUGGGAGAGUCAUAUUGAUUCGACCAAAAGCAUUGUAAUUAUUGUGAAAUAAUAUUAGUUUUGAAGUUUUAAAUUGUUAUUUAUCAAUCUUACAACCACGUUUCUAUUCUGUUGUAUGUAAGGUGUUAUAUCGAAGUUAUUCUGAAGAGAUCCAACAUUCUAAAGUAACGGUGUCAGCCUCAGUCUUUUAACGCUAUAAAACCAAAAUGGCCUGUGCUACUCUGAAAAGAUCUUUAGAUUUUGAUCCAGUUCACAGCAGGCCUUCUAAACGGCAAAGAUGUGUUCCAAUGUGUAUAUCUCCAUCAAAUUCACCACCUACAACCAGAAGUGAUUAUGAUCCAUCUCCGUUUGCAAAUGUUUGCCCAAAGUUGACACCAGAAAUGAUGGCUGCAGGCAUCCGUGAAGAAAUGCGCCGUCUUCAUCGCCGUAAACAACUGCAUUUCAAUCCUAAUGAGAGCCAACUUGACAGAGAAUCUAGCUCUGACUCUCCGGGCUCUCCUUCAGCCAAUAGUUUUGCUGCUACUUACCAUCAGAGUCACCGGGAUAAGCCUUUGUUUACUUUCAGACAGGUGGGGAUUAUUUGUGAAAGGAUGUUGACAGAGCGAGAAACCCAGCUCCGUGAAGAGUAUGAUCGCAUUUUAAACAUGAAACUAUCUGAGCAAUAUGAAUCAUUUGUCAAAUUUUCAAAUGAUCAGUUACACAGACGUUUUGAUAUGGCAGCAGCACCAAGCUAUCUAUCUUAAAAGAGAGAGAGACGGACGGAGUGUCUUUGAGACAGCGGGCGAAACUGUGCCUGAUCAUUCUUUCAUCAACUGUUUCAAUUAUUUAGCGUCAGAGAGAUGUGGCUACUGUAAAUACGUAUUAAAUUUAAAUGGUGGAUUUUAAUUAUUAAUUAAUUACUAUAAUAAAUAUUGAUGAAACAUUUUCUUUAAAUAGAAUUUAAAAAUGGUUCAUAAAAUGUGUAAUACAUAUUUUUUCAGGGUAUUUCUUUUUUGCAGUGAAAUUUAUUUUGUAUCUUAAGUACAUAUUUAGUACAAUUUUGUUGUUUUGAUGAGUUUAAUUAAAAUUUUGACUUAAAAUUAUUGCAAUUAUUUUCCCUUUUUAACAAGUUAAUAUAUUAUUCUUUGUCCCAAAGUACAAUAUAUCUCUAUUCUUGAAAUCUUCCUAAUUGCUGUAAAUAAAUUGUCAUUAAUUUGUUAAAUGAUGAAAUACCUACUUAAUUUUUCAAUAAUUAUUUAUUAUUUGUGUGUAAAUUUGCAUCAGACUUACCAGGAUUUAAAAGUAUAUCAUCGGUUCCUAUAAUGUUUCACUUUGUUGAAAUACAAACAAGAGAAAUAAUAUAAUACCAAAUCAAGUACAAGCAGUGGAAGCAUAGAAGUUUGUUGGAAGCACAAAACCUGCAGGCAUUGUGUCCUUUAUUCAGUCAAUAUACAUCACACACUGUUGCCAAGUUGAUUCCAGUAAUGCCAGCACUUGGUCAAUACCAUAUUAAUGUAAAAUCUGACUGAUUUUACGUCAGUCUCUAUUCUGUGAGAUAAUCGAUCUAGGUUACUUCAAUGUUGUAUAUAUUAUUAAUUAUAUUUUCUUGUUCAAAAUAAUUACAAAUAGGUUUUUUUACAUAUGUUUAAGUGAUAAUAUUUAUAUUCCUAAAAGCAUGUUUUGUAUGGAAAUUUUUAUUAAUUACUUAGUGAUUUAAAAAUUUAUACAUUUUAUAUUUAUCAAUAUACAAAUUUAACAUAGUCAUUACCUCCAUCAGGUAAUUAUUUAAAACAUACUAAUGUUAUACAAAUCAUUGUUGAAAAUUCAUUCUUUUGUUUCAUUCAUUUAUUUUCUUUUCAUUUCAUCUGUGAUCAACUUGGUUGAAGUUCAGUUGUCUGCUGACCUGAGAUUGAAGUAAUUGGGAUAAAUUGUUACUGAGAGGCUGGAAAAUUGAAUUUGGAAGACAUUCAUGUACAACUGUAACAAUUUCUGACAGAUUAAUGUAUGAAUAGGGUGAAGAAAACACUUUAUAUAUAAUGAAAAUGUGGCUAUAACGAUACAUUCAUGAUCAAAGAAAUAUCAAACAAAUCGCAAAAAAUAUCUGAAUGAUUUGUGAGACAUACUAUUUUAAAAAGAUGAACACUAUGUGAAAAUCACAUGUGUAAUGACUUUUUUAUGUAUUAAAUGAAGAUAAUCAAGUCAAGUAAACGGCUUUCUUUCAGUUGUUUUACAUAUAAAAUUAGUACAUUUAUUUGUUUAAUUAAUUAAACAAAAUGUACUCCAUAUAUACAUACAUGUACUCAUAUGUAUGUACUCAUAAUUGUACAGCACUCCAUAUAUUUACUAGGCCUAAUAGUUUGAUGUGGUAUAUCUUGAAGAAAAAAGUUGGACCAAUAUUCUGCUAUAGCCUACUUUUAAAUUAUAUAAAUAAUUUUAUUUAUAUUAGUCAUUUUGAGUAAUAAUAAGCUUACACUUCAAAAUAAUCAUGCAUAUUAUUAAUGCUUCCUUUCAUUAAAUACAUCAGUUUAAAAUAUGUAUAAUUUUCUUGAUACUUUCUCCGUACUAUUUAUUUUGAAAAAAGCAAAUAUUUUGUUUGAAACAUUGUAUUCAGCUGUGGUAGCGAAUAUUUAUAAUAACACUACGAUAUUUACAGUAAUAUAUUUCUGUAUUCUGUAAUGCUGUGUGUCGCUCUUAGUAAUAAAAGCUAUAAACAGAAAAAUAAUUUUACAGAUAUGACACAAAUUCGUCAUAUAAUUUAAAAGUUUACUUACUAAAAACUGCUUUAUCAGGUGUUUAUUCAUAACUAGCAUUGGUUUGACAUUUUUAUAUAAUGAGUAUCCAAAAUUUUAGGUUCUAAAUGUAAUAUUUAAAACACACUGAUAUGCACAGGUCUUUGAAACUACCCCACAUAAGGCCUCUGCAAAGAUACAAGUGGUGAGUGAUCCCAUAGUUCAAUGUUUGUAUUGUUCGUAUGGAACGGCAGGAUGGUGCCACACAGUGCUGCUGGUCUGUCACUGCUGUGCAUCAUGUCGGACCCAAACGUCCAUCUAGCCUCUCUAUAUUUACUUUCUGCUGCAAAUUUAUACUGUUGUUCUUCAAAAAGUGUCUAAUCUUGCUUAGUAUGUAGGUCUGGUUCACAAUUUAUAUUGACAAUUCUGUUGUAUUAAAAAAAGAACAGGUUGCAUCUCUUCUCAAACCGACAAACAGAUGAUGAUAUUCAACAAAGUGAACUCUUAAGCCUGUUUAUAGAGUGAACACAGGACAUUUUAGGCAUGUGCAACCUAGCUAACACGCGUCUCUUCAAAAUACUGUUUUCAAUAAACAACAGUAGUUGGACAACUAUGUCAGGAAACUUCAUUUUGAUGACUAGAUAAAACUUAAACACAAAAACACCACUUGUAUCAUGGCCAUUGUAGCUUUACCACUUACUUCUUACCACACCUAUUGUGGCCGAGGCCUAAAGCUCUCAGGCUGUUAAUUGUAUCAUUUUAGCAUUGUGUUCAAAUUCGCUAUUUUUAAUGGCUUUUAAUUUUGUCACUAACUGUUUGAUUGUGUGACCAUGUGUUUACUGUCAACAGACUUUUCUUGUGCCUACGCUAGAAGUAAAUCACAAAACUCAUGAUAAUAAGCAAACAUAAGCCUUGUUCUCAAGUUUUAAAUAGCGAGUUAAUAAUCUUUCAGUUGUGUAGGGAGACAUUUUCAGUAGGGAAUACUGAAACAUAUAUCUUGAGAACAUUUUUUUUAUUUUUUUAUUGAUCUUUGUUCAUAUAAAGCCUCGUGGAAUACAAUUAAAUCAUGUUAUCAUUGUUUAUUUUUCAGUUUCAGUCCUGUAUUUGUCACUUGUGUGAUAUCAUAGCCCUAGUGCUUGUAGUAUAGAUUCUAAACAGGGUGCUAUAUUAUAUGAACUUUCUUUAUAAAAACAAUGAUGAGAAGAAAUUUAAAAUAUACCUAUAGUGAAUAAUAUAAAUCAAAAUAGUGGAUUCACACAAAGAAAUAUUAUUGAUAGAAAAUUGGUGUAAUGUCUUCAUCCUAUGCAUCAUUUUAAUUUAUUUUAUUAGUAAGUAUAAUUAAAGCAACCAUUCCAGUGAAUAUUUCAGAUUACAUUAAGUUACAUUUGUUUCCCCUUAAAAUACAGAUUUUUAAUGUUCUGGCCUGUUAAUCUGUAAAAGUUCUACUGAUUCUACAUCAAGAAGAAGCAUUUCUGUCAGAAUAGUUGAAUCUAAUUAACAUUGAGACACACUAUUACUAGAGAUCUUUAUGAGUGUUAUUAGUGAUUUAUUCACAGUGUCAGCAUUUACAAAAUAAAUUUAUAAGCAUUUUCUUUCAAAUGAGGAUGUUUUUUCUGUUCUCACAAUAUCAACUUGAUGGACUUGCUUAUAUACCAAAUUAUAUUAGCGUCAGUUGAUUUCAUACACUGUGAUUCUAAAUCCGUACACAUUAUUACAUUUUACUGUACAACAAUGUCCUUAGUGUAGACAAUAACAAUAGAAAAAUAUGCAGGUAGUGUAGUGUUACUUGCGGUACGGCCUAAUUAAUUUCAGGGGAACUGUUUGAAGAUAUUCAAUGACACUGAAUUUAUAUAGUGUUUAGUUUGCUAUCUUGGCAUGGAAUUGCCAUGUUAAAAUUCAUUGUUGCCAUUACAAACAAGGUACUCACUCAUUUUACAAUAAAUUUUAUGUUAUAUGAGUGAAUUGAUUACAAACAUUAUUAAAGAGAAAAUCCCCUUUAAAAACUACUUAUUUAUUGAAAUAUUCAUAGAUCAUUUAUUGUAGAACUAUUUUUAUCGUUAUUUAUUAUUUACUAGUUUUAGGUUAUAAGCCUGUAUUAAUAACAGACUUACAAGUUUUAGUUUUAAGAAUAGAUUGUAAUAGUUUAGUUAUAAGUUACAACCAUUUUUAUAUCUAGCCACCUCUCUCUCGAUCUCAAAGGAAAGAAUGAUUCUGCCGUUAUAUUGGUAGAAUAAAUAUUAUAGACCUAUUAUGCCUAGACUAUAACUUAUUUAUAUUAUAAAAGUGUAACAAUUAAUGCUUUGCUGCAUCGGCACUUGCUUCAUUAAUUAAUUAUUAAAUUUUUUUACAAUGGCUAAGUUUAUAAUAUACUGUCAGACUUACAGGAAAUACCAAUUAGGUAAGCUCAAUUCUAAACCUAUUUUAUACAAUAAACAAUUAUUGCCUUGUAGAAACAAUCCUUUGUAUGUUUUGUGUGUAGCAGUUGUACAAAAUAAUAAUACAAAUAUAUGUCUAUCAGGUGUUUGUAUAUUACUUAGAGUAACUUAACGUUAAUGAGUUUGUUGUCUUUACUUUCAAUUUUAGUGGCAAAUUUAUGAAAUGAUAAUUACUGGGUUGGAAAUAAAGUACUGCAAACUGAA